CUCAAACACGCGGCUCUCUAUCGUCUCUGUUUUGUUUCCUCCAAAACAAACAGAAACAUCUCUUAUUCAUUUUCUUUUAAACCAUCCCAAAUGGCGAAAGGUGGCAAGCUGACGAAGCUCAAGUCAGUGCUCAAGAAACUCAACUCAUUCAACAAACAAAGCGGCGGCCGUCCCAGCAUGAGCUCCAUAGUCGCAACCACAGAUGAUUCCUGCGCCAACACCGGCGACCUUCACCCUGUCUAUGUCGGAAAAUCUCGGAGACGAUACCUCAUCAGCUCCGAUAUCAUUGAUCAUCCGGUUUUCAAGGAACUGGCAGAGCGAUCAAACGAUUCGUCCGACACGAUAAACGUGCCGUGCGAGGUUGUGUUGUUUGAGCACCUGCUUUGGAUGAUUGAAAAUGCCGAUCCACAGCCGGAGUCGUUAGAUGAGCUCGUCGAGUUCUACGCCUGUUGACUGUUGAACAAGCACGUGUAAGCAGAGGAUUAAAGAUAGCGGGAAGAAGAAAAGAUGAAUCAAGGAACAAAUAAUGUUUACCUUUGACGAGAGGAUGAUUUAACCCAUUGUAAACAGGCUAAUGGGUAGGCCUGGUGGUGAGAGAUCGGUAUUGUUUGUACUUAUGGCUACUGUCAUUGUUUAUUUGUUUUGAGUAAAAUGUUUUAUUUUUGCUA